GACAGCUAACAUAACACCACUGCAAGUCCCACGAUCAUGGCACGUCAUCAGCUUCUCAGUUCGCUCCCUCUUCUGCUGGCCAUCUGGGCCGUGUCUUGUACGGCACAGGCUCCACUCCGGCGGACUCAGCGCCUGCGUCCGGUGGCAUUCGCCCGGCAGGAGGUGGCUCCCACACCCUAUCCCUCGGCUGCCGAACUGAAGCCUGCCGCCGAACAGCCCGCUCUGACCUACGGACCUCCCGAGGAUGUGGAUACGGACGCCUUGCCGUCGGAGCAGGAGCCGCCGGUAGACAACUUUGAGCCCAGCCCAGAGACCGAAGAGGUGGACACCGAGGAGGGCUCCCUGGAGGCUACCACGCCAUCCUCCGCUCCCGCUCGCCUGCGCAGCCGCCAGAGAUUGGCCAAGCUGCAGCUGGCCAAGCCCAAGCGCCUGCGCCAACGCAUCGCUCGCCUGGAGGAGCUGCCCGUGGAUGAAGUAGUGGCUCCAGUGUCUCCAGUGGCUCCUGUGGCCCAGAUUCCCGCAGUUCCCACGCCCCAGUUCUACUACGUCGGAGCGGGACAGCAGCCCUACUACCUGGCCUACAACGCUGCUCCACAGCAAUUUGGCUGGUAG